AUUAACAUUUAACUAAUACCCAUAGAUUGGAACAAUUUAGUGAUGUUGAAAAAUAAAUCAGUAGCUUCUUGGGUAGUAAAAGUUUCUCCUUGGUUCAUUAAAUAAAGAAUCUUGGUUAAAAUUAAGGUACAUUUUCUCGCAUUGACCGGUGUUUCAUUGAAACUCCUCGCAUCUUGAAGAGCCGAUGUUUUUGUUACUUUGGCAAAAACGUUACCAAAUCUUCAUCGUCUUUUUAUUUCUUUCAUAUUCGCUUGAUAAAUUCCAGUGGAUUAAUAAUAAGCUUCAUCUAGAGAUUAACAAGAGUGAUUCAAAGAUAAAGUUAAUCUUGUAUCGAUGAUCAGUUGAAAUCUAAAUAAAAGAGGAUAAAUACUUUCGAGGAGGUUGAGUUAAUGUCGUUAAUGAAGAUGAAGAAGAUUAUAAUGAUACUGAGAAGAAAGAGGAUAAGGAUAGAAGUACUAUCAUCUUCCUCUCUUCUUGGGCUCUCUCUUUCUCUUUUAGGGUUUUCAAGACCAUCUACCUGUGUCCGUCUUGAGAGAGUUUAGAUGAACAACAGCGAUUGAAAAGUUCGAUAAAAAGUCACAAGUGAAGUUAUUGUUUCAAAUUGAAUGUUGUGCUUAACCAUUGAUGUUGUUUCCCAAUAAUUUCUAAGUGCCAAUAAAUUACAAUAUUUUUGUUAACUGUACAAUUAAUUUCGAUCAUGAUUUUAAAACUUCAUAGGAGAAACAAGUGCUCUUCACAAAGUGAAUCAUCGCCUUUGUCACCUUUGCCUUCAUCCCCGUCACCGUCUUCAUAUUAUUGUCCAUCAUCUUCAUCUUCAUGUUUAUUCACCAACUUCAAAAUGCCAUCAAUCUUUUCAUAUUAUUUCAACUAUUUAAUAAUUUCAUCAUUAAUUAUUUUAUUUUCAUCGCUGGUUCAUGGAGCCGAUUCAAGUGCUCGACCUUUUUACAACAUUGCCCACAUGGUGAAUUCAAUCAAAGAGAUCAACACGUAUCUUUCUCGUGGUGCCAAUGCAAUCGAAGCUGAUGUCUCCUUCUCGUUGAGCGGAUCAGCUCUCUACACUUUCCAUGGUUAUCCUUGUGAUUGUUUCCGCCAUUGUACCGAAAGAGAGGAUAUUGAGACAUAUUUGGCCCAUGUUCGAGAAAUUACAAAACCAGAAAAUGCAAAUUACAAGAAAGAUUUCGCUCUUCUCUUUCUCGACUUGAAGAUUUCCACUUUACCUGCGUCAGUUAAAGCGAAUGCUGGAAGUGAUUUGGCACAAAAAGUGAUUGCAAAUUUAUUUGAAUUUGGAUCAACCACUUCAAAGAUCAAAUUACUUUUAUCGAUUGGCCAUGUUUAUGAUUACGAUUUUGUCUUAGGUUUUCAAAAUGAACUCGAGAGCAAUGGUCUAGAGCAUCUGAAUAAGAAAAUCGGUUGGGAUGUCGGAAUGAAUGACCGAGUCGAAGAUGUGAUCGGGAUGUGGCAAAGACUCGAAAUCACCAACAACAUUUGGUUGGGUGAUGGAUUUUCCAAUUGCAUAUCUCCUUUUUAUAAUCUCGGUCGAUUAACUCAGGUCAUUACAAAACGUGACACAAGAAGCGGGAUGAUCCCCGACCCAGUUAUCGAUAAAGUUUAUCAUUGGACAAUUGAUCUGCAUCAUAAUCUAAGAGCUUCUCUCAAAUUUGGUGUCGAUGGAAUUAUCACCAAUCAUCCAGAGAGAUUGUUUAAAGUGUUAAAGGAACCAAGUUUUCGAUUCAGGUACAGAUUAGCGACAACGGAAGACGAUCCAUGGGAACGAAUUCAGUCGGACCCGGAAGAGAAACCAGCGCCAAGUGCCAAUGUAAUGCCACCUGUUAGUCUGAGAGUAGUGACCAGUGCGGCCGAUAUGUUCACUUCCUUCACCAAGUAUUUAAGAGAUUUCGUUUUCUUGAGAUUACCGGUUUACGAUGAUGAUUUUUCGAUUUAG